CUAACGCUGUGACGUCACAUACUAGGAUCGACCUCCAUUACCGGUGGAACGUGUUUGACGUUGGUAGAAGAACACUACUUCGAUCAUGGGAAAGAAAGGGGGAAUCCCAGAGGGCGACUAUGAAAAGGGAAAGCAGGUCUUCAAGCAGAAAUGUUCGCAGUGUCACACAUUGAAUAAGGAUCAACCCCACAAGACAGGACCAAACCUCUACGGGCUUUUUGGUCGCCAAACUGGACAGGCACCAGGAUUUGCUUACACUGACGCCAACAAGUCCAAAGGAAUUACCUGGGCACGGGAAACCAUCUUCGAAUACCUGGAGAACCCGAAGAAAUAUAUCCCAGGCACAAAAAUGAUCUUUGCUGGAAUCAAGAAACCUGGCGCAAGAGGCGAUCUUAUAAAAUACCUGGAAGUAGAAACAGCUAAAUAACGUUUCUAACUUUUAGGAUAAUUGACACAUAGACAAGUUACAAUGAUCAACUUAGACACUUUUGAAGUGAUUAUUUAAAAGCACACCUUGGACUUACCUACCCUCAUUGUCUAGAAAAAUCUUUCUUUAAUAAUUUGAAUUAACAUGGAUAUCAGAACUUCUUCACUAUGUAUGGAUUAAGAAAGCUAAAAACACUGAAUAUAGAUAAUUAUAACACAUGUGGUUGUAAAUAUGGCUCAUUUGGUUGGCUGUGAGGCAAUAUUUUUGUCUUUCUGUCUUUCCAAGUUUCUCAAUACGAACUAUCAAUAGAAUAGCAGCAUUUCUAUGCAGACCUUAUGGACUUCCUCAGCCAAUAGAGAACUAACCCAGUCUGCCCUGUACAAAACCAUACGGGUAGAAGAAUUUUACCUAUUUAUUGUAUGUAUUUACUGUUUACAAGUAAAGGCAUUGAAGAGAUAUUUUGAACAUUGACGCAUUUGCUGUGACUCUGGUUUCAAAUGAUGUGUAUAUUUAUUAUAGCAGCAGUAUUUUUAGCUGUAUGUACCCUGUAGAAAAAGCACUAUUUUCUGUUUCUUGGUCAGCAUGAAAUUCCCAUAUGUAUACAAGCGCAUAUACUGCCACAAUAUUUGUGUGUGAUGUUUUUCUAAAUGUUGUGAGGUUACACUACCAAAUAAAGGCAUCCACUAUUACUCGUUCA